AGCAGCGUGCGCAGGCCGGCAGCAGAAGAAGAAGAUCAUCAUGGUGGAGCAGAGCGGGGUCCGCGUGGUUCGCUGCGGCGGCAAUAAAAUCAAUUUCAGAGCUCCGAUCAUCACUAAAGACUGCAGGUUCCUGAUAUGUGGUUCAGGUGAUUCAGUAAAAGUGUUCAGCACCAGCACAGAAGAGUGUGUUCAUGUGCUAGAAGGCCACACAGAUCAAGUGACUGGAGUCGCCUUGAAUCCAGCCAACCACCUUCAGGUCUACUCUUGCUCAGCAGAUGGCACUGUUAGACUGUGGGAUUUCAUCGAUGGGAUCCUCAUCAAGACAUUCAUAUUUGGAUACCCAAUAUUGUCUUUAUAUGUCUCGGAGAAACAUGCUGGAGUCAUAUUUGUUAUUGUUGCUAUGGAAAAUCAGAAUAAAGGUGAGAACUUCCAAUUGUUGGCUCUACAUCUCCCCAAGGUGCCAGACCAAGAAGUGGAGGCAAAGGACAUGUUUGCAGUUUUGUGUGAUAUUAGCCCCAACCCUGGUUCCACAGCUUUUGGACAAGGGGGUGAAUAUAUCGCCUCUGCUUUGGGUCUCCGCCUCAAUGUGUAUUUCUUCCGGAAGCAGAAAACAUACCGGUUUUCUCUGAAGGCCACAGAUAAGAAGGGUGCCAAAAAUGCCUUCACCUGUGUAGCCUGUCACCCUAAAGACGACUGCAUCGCUACUGGACACGAAGACGGCAAGAUCCGCCUCUGGAGAAACUUCAAUCAGAAAAAAGAGUACACAUAUUCCACUCAGCACUGGCACCACAACGCUGUCAGCUCGCUGUGUUUUACUCCAGAGGGCAUGCACCUUCUGAGUGGAGGUGUGGAGUCUGUGCUGGUACAGUGGCACUGUGAGGAAGUGAACAAGAAGGACUUCCUUCCUCGUCUGGGUGGAGCCAUCUCUCAUAUCGCUGUGUCUUCUGAUGGACAGAUGUACUGCACGAGCCACUCAGAUAACAAGAUCAACAUCAUCCACUGCAGCUUCAAACUCUCAGCAGUGAUUCAGGGCCUGGUUAAAGGAAACAUUUGGACGGAUCUAGUGAUUGAUUCGCGGACCAAAGCUCUGGUGAUGAACGGAAGGCCGGGCCAUCUUCAGUUCUACUCCCUGCAGCAGGACAAGCAGCUUUACAGUCUGGACAUUGUGCAGCAGGAGUACAUCUAUGAGGAAGGACUGGACCAGUUUGAGGUGAUGAAGGCGGUGUUCGAUGUCCGAGGCAAUUGGCUGGCUACGGUGGAGGAGAGGGGUCGCGACUCAGAUCUCGAAUUCGCUCUUAAACUUUGGGGCUUCAAUGAGAGCGCUCAAAGCUUGGAGCUCAACACCACCAUAACGGCCGCCCACCAGGACAGGAUUACCUCCAUGUGCUUCAGCCCUUCCACUGAGACCACCAUGCUGGUGACCGCAGCCAAGGACGGCCAGUUCAAAGUCUGGCUGCUGGGAACAGACUCGGAAACACAGAAGGAGCAGGCUUCCUGGUCAUGUGACUUUGUGGGCAGCUACCAUGGCCUGCAGCCCACUAACUGCUGUUUCUCCAGCGAUGGCUCCCUUCUGGCUGUUAGCUUUGAGGAGGUGGUGACUGUGUGGAGUUCUGACACCUGGGGGCUCCUCACCACGCUUUGUCAGCCACCCGGACCCAUCAGGGAGCUUUGCUUCGGUCGGCUGAGCUGCUCCAAAUACCUGCUGGCCACCACCCCCAAGAACCUCCUCUGCUGGAACCUCCUCACCUGCUCAUUGGAGUGGAGCACGCCAAUGGAUGUCCAUCUUCUACGAUCAGACCCCCUGUCUGACAUCAUUGCAGCGUUUUGCCUCCACUCUAAAAGCAGCGACUUGUUUGUUUUCAGACCCAGCGAGCCCCGUCCUCUGUUUACCCAGAAGGCCGUGUGUGAGGGGAAAGUGCAGCGCUGCGUGUUCGCUCCGAGAGCAGAGCCUCUGGACAGCUGUGACGAGAGAUUCCAGUGGUUGAACAGAUCUCGCCUCUACUACUUAACAGAGAAAAUGGAGUUAUUGUCCUUUAGUACCCAGACGGAGGAUGAGAGAAUACUGAAAUCCAGGAAACAGCUUCUUGUGGACGACAGUGUUGCUGUGACGCCGUUCUACCUGUUGCUUGGCAAGCACAGGCGCCAGCAAGAGGAGGAGGACAAGCUGAACUUUAUGACCAAUCAGGUGUCAGAGAGGACCCAGCACCCCCAGACGUCGGUAGCAGUCAAAGAGUUGCUGCACACCCCAGCCCAUGUGCUUCCUGCAGCCUCGUUCCUGUGUUCAAUGUUUGUCAACUCUCUCCUCAUCUCGAACACAGAGAGCAGAGAGGAGAAGCAGCCCUCAGAAAAGGAUGAAGACAGUGACAAAGAGGAAGAUGAUUCUGAGGAGGAAAUGGAAACUGGUGACGGUCAGCAGGAGAUCCGGACUCAGGGCUCAGUAGAAGAGGCGCCGCCAAAGCUUUCCAAAGCAGAGGAGAAAGAGCUGAGGAGAGUGAGAAAGACUGACUUCAGCUGGGUCACAAGCCUCAGCAGCUCUUAACUAUGAACCCACCAUCUUAUGAAACGCACACACACACACACACACAUUUACCACAUACACAGAUAGAGCCAAUGGAUUUUAUUUUAAUUCUUGUUUUGUAAUUUUGCAAAAACAAAUGCUUUCAAACAGCAAAGCCAUUGAAUCAAAUCACAUGUUUAAACCCAUCCUGUUCCAUAAACACAAACAUUACCUUCACUGCACUCCGCUUCACUAAAAACUGGUGGAAUGCAAGAAAUGUGGUUGGGUUUGUGUGGAUUGCAACAUCUGUUUUUUAUUCUUGUUAUUUUUAUUAUUUCUUGUUGUUUUGAAGUAUUUAGAGACAGGAUUAUGAGUAAAAAGGGAGCUCUGGGGUCUGAAUUGCAUUUGUAACUCAAACAUAUGUCAAAAAAACAAAUGUGUAUCAAACAUAAUUUAUAAAAAAAAAAAUUGAACAAAAAAAAAGU